CAUAGGAUCUAACAAAGGUCUGAGCAAGGAUGUUCUUUUCCGUAUAUGAUCCAAGAUUGCAUAUCCCUCAUUGGUGAAGCAGAGCUUGGAAGGCUUCCAUAGUGGCAAAAACCCUUCGAUAUCAAUUUUCACUUUUUAUGUGUCGUCUUUCUGCCUUAAUACGCAGCGUUUCAUAUCUCCUUACCCUCAUACUCGCCAGUUGCCAACAAACGACACGCAACGAAGAAGUAAAGAAGAUAACCAAAUCCCAAGAGUGUGUAAUUUGCUCACUCUCACUCUCUCACUCCAAUGGAAGCUCUGGGAUUUCCUUCUCUGAAUACUCACACCAUUUCGUGCUCUAGUUUUCGGCAACGAACACCCACCAAAUUACCAUAUGAAACAAGCCAUUUCUCAAGCUCUUCUUCAAAACCAAAAGGACCCUCUUACAGAACCCACCAUUUUCGUAGGAGUGCUACACGAAUGCAAGCUGACAAUGAAGAUUUCGAGUUGAAGCAAAUGAGAGAUAUGGCUGCUGCCAAGAAAAGAUGGGAUGCUCUGAUUAGGGACGGAAAGGUUAAACCUUUAACACCAAGGGAAGCUGGGUAUGCAAUUCAGCUAUCUAACAAAACCCUUCUUGAUGUUCGUCCCUCUGCAGAACACAAAAAGGCAUGGGUCAAAGGCUCAACCUGGAUUCCAAUAUUUGAUGUUGGUGACGAAUUCGAUGUUGGAACUCUUUCCAGAAAGAUUAUGGGAUUCACUAUGGGGGGUUGGUGGAGUGGUGUGCCUACAUUGGCGUAUAACAACCAGUUCUUGUCUAAGGUUGAUGAGAAAUUUCCAAAGGAUACUGAUCUUAUCGUUGCAUGCCAGAGGGGAUUGAGAUCUAUAGCUGCUUGUGAGGUGCUGUACAAUGCUGGCUACAGAAACCUUUUCUGGGUUCAGGGGGGUUUAGAAGCUGCUGAAGAAGAGGAUCUUGUCAGAGAAGGCCCUCAGCCAUUUAAGUUUGCAGGAAUCGGUGGGGUUUCGGAGUUCCUCGGUUGGACUGAUCAACAAAGAGCUGCAGCUGCUAAAGAAGGGUGGGGUUACCGAUUUAUGUUCUCUGCCCGUCUGGUUGGAGUCUUUCUGAUUGCUGAUGCCUUAUUUCUUGGUUCUCAGCAACUAGUUCAUUAUCUUCAGGAUAUAAGGUCACACUAAUAGCUGGCCAUGACGGUAUUCGAUUGAAUAUCAAAAUACAACAUUUUGCAUUUCUGGUUCACCACAGAGAGACACUGGAUCUGCGCCAUGAUAACAGUUUUGGAUGCCAGAGUACCUCAGAAAGCAGAUUGCAUCCUCAUUAUUGUUCACACCAGUUACUGAAGUUGGAUCUGGGCAUGAUUUAUACCGUGUGGGCUGCGUGAUAAGGAGAUCAGUGAUUGGCUCAGCAAAUUUUAUUAAAACACUUGUGUAUAUGCCUUGUAUGUCAUUAUUAUUAUUUUUUUGGCCGGAUACAGUUCUUUUCUUUGAACGGUUUUAUUAUUUAAGAAUGUAGACUUUCUCUGAGCAUUACUGCUAAAUAGUCAUCUAUAUAAUCGUUUCAUGUUAUGGAACACUUGAAGAAA